CUGUUUUCCAACUGUCGUGAGCAGGCUGGGAGCAGGGCACUCGGGUAGUGUCCUGGGUGGCCGCGGGGGAGGAGGGGGACAGGAACCAGCGGCCUUGCAGCAAAAGGACGUGAACGGCACAGCAGGCAGGAAAAGGCCCCCAGAACAGCCAGCAUGCCCGCCACGGGAGGGGACCCCAAGGGAGAGGAUUAUUCCACAGCCAUCCUGCGCCAGAAGCAUCGUCCCAAUCGCCUCAUUGUGGAUGAAGCUGCCAAUGAAGACAAUAGCAUUGUGAGCCUGUCUCAGGCCAAGAUGGAGGAACUGCACUUGUUCCGGGGAGACACCGUGUUGCUGAAGGGGAAGAAACGCCGGGAGACUGUGUGCAUCGUCCUCACUGAUGACACCUGCCAGAAUGAGAAGAUCCGCAUGAACCGUGUCACCCGCAACAACCUCCGUGUACGUCUGGGAGACGUAGUCAGUGUGCAGGCCUGUCCAGAUGUGAAGUAUGGAAAGCGGAUCCACGUACUGCCCAUCGAUGACACCAUCACAGGCUUGACUGGGAAUCUCUUUGAAGUGUACCUCAAACCCUACUUCCUUGAGGCCUAUCGACCUGUACAUAAAGGUGACAUUUUUCUUGUGCGAGGUGGAAUGAGGGCUGUGGAGUUCAAGGUUGUUGAGGUGGAUCCCAGUCCCCACUGCAUUGUCGCCCCCGACACCAUCAUCCAUUGUGAGGGGGAGCCCAUCAAGCGAGAGGAUGAAGAGGAGAGCCUCAAUGACGUGGGCUAUGAUGACAUUGGGGGCUGCCGUAAACAACUAGCUCAGAUCAAGGAGAUGGUAGAGCUGCCACUGAGACACCCAGCGCUCUUCAAAGCUAUUGGCGUGAAGCCUCCACGAGGGAUUCUCCUUUAUGGUCCCCCUGGCACUGGGAAAACGCUUGUGGCCCGUGCUGUUGCAAAUGAAACUGGAGCCUUCUUCUUCCUUAUCAAUGGCCCAGAGAUCAUGAGCAAACUGGCUGGGGAAUCAGAGAGCAACUUGCGCAAAGCCUUUGAAGAGGCAGAGAAGAAUGCACCAGCCAUUAUCUUUAUUGACGAGCUGGAUGCCAUUGCUCCUAAGAGGGAGAAGACACACGGGGAAGUUGAACGCCGCAUUGUCUCCCAGCUGCUCACACUGAUGGAUGGCCUGAAGCAGCGCUCACAUGUGAUAGUCAUGGCUGCUACUAAUCGACCCAACAGCAUUGAUCCUGCCCUGCGUCGGUUUGGGCGCUUUGAUCGAGAAAUUGACAUUGGGAUCCCAGAUUCUGUGGGAAGGCUGGAAAUCCUGCAGAUACACACCAAGAACAUGAAACUGGCUGAUGAUGUGGACCUGGAGAGGGUGGCCAACGAGACACAUGGGCAUGUGGGUGCUGAUCUGGCAGCAUUGUGUUCUGAGGCAGCACUACAAGCAAUCCGCAAGAAGAUGAGCGUCAUCGACCUGGAGGAUGACACAAUCGACGCUGACAUCCUCAAUUCAAUGGCUGUCACUAUGGAUGACUUCCAGUGGGCCCUUGGCCAGAGUAACCCCUCAGCACUUCGUGAAACAGUAGUGGAGGUUCCACAGGUUUCCUGGGAUGAUAUUGGAGGCCUGCAGGAAGUCAAGCGUGAGCUACAGGAACUAGUGCAGUUCCCAGUUGAGUACCCCGACAAGUUCCUGAAGUUUGGAAUGACACCGUCACGAGGAGUGCUCUUCUAUGGCCCACCUGGCUGUGGAAAGACCCUGCUGGCUAAGGCCAUUGCUAAUGAGUGCCAGGCCAACUUUGUCUCCAUCAAAGGUCCUGAGUUGCUCACCAUGUGGUUUGGAGAGAGCGAGGCCAAUGUCCGUGAUGUUUUUGACAAGGCCCGGCAGGCUGCUCCCUGCAUCCUAUUUUUUGAUGAGCUGGACUCCAUUGCCAAAGCCCGGGGUGGUGGUGCAGGAGAUGGUGGAGGUGCAGCUGACCGUGUCAUCAACCAAAUACUCACAGAGAUGGAUGGCAUGACCAACAAGAAGACUGUUUUCAUCAUAGGUGCCACCAACAGGCCAGACAUCAUUGACCCAGCCAUCCUUCGUCCAGGGCGUCUGGAUCAGCUCAUCUACAUCCCAUUGCCUGAUGAGAAGUCUCGUGUAGCUAUCCUCCAAGCCAACUUGCGAAAGUCACCUGUCGCCAAGGAUGUGGACUUGAAUUAUUUGGCUAAGAUAACACAUGGCUUCUCAGGUGCUGACCUCACUGAAAUAUGUCAACGUGCCUGCAAACUUGCCAUCCGUGAGGCCAUUGAGAUGGAAAUCAAGGCAGAACGGGAACGCCAGCAUCAUAAAUAUGCUGCCAUGGAUGAUGAUUAUGACCCAGUGCCAGAGAUCAGACGUGAUCACUUUGAGGAAGCAAUGCGCUUUGCACGCCGCUCUGUCAGUGAUAAUGACAUACGCAAGUAUGAGAUGUUUGCCCAAACAUUACAGCAAAGCCGUGGCUUUGGUAACUUCAGGUUUCCAUCUGGAAAGCAGAGCAGCGGUGGAGGAGGAGGGAGCAGCGGGAACACCAGUGGCCAAGGAAGCCUCUUCCAGGAGGAGGGUGAUGAUGAUCUGUACAACUGAUUGUAUAGGAAACGCCUACUUUUGCUGGUGCUCUUUGCCACGUAUUCUCAUAGUUAUUGUGCUGUUAAUGCAAGGGCUGAUGUUUGAGCCCCAGCACCUUGCCCUCAUUCUUGUAUGUGGAAUCUGAGCUCUGAGAAACAAAACACCUCAUGCCUAAUUUUGGCAUGUGAAGCCAGGUGCCUUUCAGUUAUUGUGGUUGUCUUGGCUACUACCAGGAAUCUCAUCAUAUAGCUCGCCCUUGUGCUUGUUGGACACUAAGGUAGUACCCACAGAAGUCACCAGGGGGAGCCAAAGCCUAAGCAGCUGUCAUUAGAGCUUUAAGAAUUGUCAAGCUGGAUCAGAGCUAAGGUCCAUCUAGUCCAGUACCCAACAACAACCAGCCAGAUGCCUCUCAAAAUGCAGAAGCAGGAUGUAAAGCAACCACUUGUCCCUUUAUCUCAUCUCAAACCACGCCAAGCAGAUGUCUGCUGCUUGUAGUAUUUGUAUUGAUAGCUUCCACUUUUGGAACACUGGUGACUGGAGCAUCUACGUCAUGCCAGCUCCACGUGCAAAGCAAGAAGGCCUGCCUUCUGUUGGGUCUUAUCGCACAGCAAAAUCAGCUUUUGAAGCCUGCAUUAUGCAUGAGGCCAGUGGACUCCAAUUUGUGAUACCAUUUGACAGAUUUCUGGGUGUCUAAUAAACUGAAAGUGCAUGUCUGUUACUGAAUUUUAUAAAA